AUGAGUCGUCCCCUGUCAGUUCUGGACAACACAACACCUGAGUCUUCCAAUGUUUGGAUGACAUCUUUGAAUGACAAAUACAAAGCCAGACCUGAAACACCAGAGUAUGAGGAGAUGUGCAUGGCAGACUUUGCUGCUACUUGCAGGAUUGUCUAUGGCCAACAGACAAAAGGUAAAGAUGUUUUGCCCCUUCUCAAUGAGAUCGGAUUUGUGCAAAGGCGCAAAAACGAUAAGCCUGCUAUCAUCAGAUUUCACCGCUGCUCACAAGAAAAACAUCCAGAGCAAUAUUACGGAAGACUGCUUAAACUGUACCUUCCUCAUCGUUCAGACCAUGAACUGAAAACACCAUCUUUGCCAACCUAUCAGGCUUUCUAUGGUGCUGGCUGUGUACAGCUACCAGGUACUGACCGUCUUGAGUACGUGCAACACAUUGUCAAAAGAAACAGAGAGAAAUAUGAGAAAAACAGUGAGGAGAUCGAGAGCGCUGUUGAGGAAUAUGAGCAGAACAGAGGUGUGACUGACGAAUGGUGUAAUCUGGCACCUGAAUCAGAUCUCGUAAGGUUGCCACUUGUUGAACAAGAAAGAGAGCGAGACAAUGAAAAUGAACAGGAAGAUGUGCCUGACUACAGCCGUCAGGCUGAUGCUUCCACAGAAGUCAGAGCCAUCAGGGAACCCCCUGCUAUUGAUCCCACAUUGUUACGUCAGAUGUUUCAGAAUCUGAAUAAGAAGCAAGCCUGCAUAUUUUAUGCAGUUAGAGACUGGUGCAUUAAAAGAGUCUGUGCUCUAAAUCCGGAGCAGUUUUUCUUUUAUAUUAAUGGUGGUGCUGGAACAGGAAAAUCACAUCUUAUCAAAUGCAUCUACUCAGAAGCAUCUAAGAUACUGAGCAAAGUGCCCAGAUAUGCAGACAACGUUGACAUAUCAAAACCCACUGUCCUGUUAACUGCUUUCACAGGGACUGCAGCAUUUAACAUUUCUGGAACAACACUGCAUUCUCUUCUCAAGCUCCCUAGAAGCUUAAAACCUCCCAUUCAGGGACUUGGCAAUCAGCUGGAUGAAGUCAGAUCAGAACUUUUGAAUGCUGAAAUAAUCGUCAUUGACGAAGUGUCUAUGGUGUCAAGACAUCUCUUUGCAUAUGUAGAUGCAAGACUCAAACAGAUCAAAGGGACUCGGAGACCCUUUGGAGGCAUGUCAGUCAUUGCUGUUGGAGACUUCUAUCAGCUACCCCCAGUGCGCCAGUCUAAACCUCUCUGUGUGCACGACCCGUCCGAGAUCGACCUGUGGCGGGAGCAUUUUCAGAUGAUCACUCUGACUGAGAUUAUGCGUCAGAAAGAUGAUGUUGUCUUUGCUGAGAUGCUGAACAGAAUUCGUGUGAAAGGAAAGUUGGAUGAGCUUUGUGAAGCAGAUAGAAAUUUGUUGUCACAGGCCAUAACUGAACCAGCCCUUUGUCCGACUGAUGCGUUGCACAUUUUUGCAACUAAUAAAGAAGUGGAUGCACACAACUCUUCAACACUGGCUCUGCUCCAUACUCAUAUCAUUGACAUCCAUGCAGAUGAUUAUAGAAAAGAUCCUAGAACUGGCAGAAUGGCACUUCAAGACAAACCACUGAAAGGAGGUAAAAACGAGUUACCAGACACACUGAAAGUUGCAGAAGGAGCUCGUGUCAUGCUCACCAGAAACAUUGACAUACAAAAUGGUUUGGUUAAUGGAGCUUUUGGAAAACUACUUAGAGUAGUUUACUCUGAAAUCGACCAACACAUCAUCAAGCUUGGACUUAAAAUGGAUAAUGAGACAUCUGGAAAGAAUAACCGCACACCAGCAGACGACAUGGUAUACAUUGAGAGAGCAGAGGAGAAUCUAAAGCAGAAAGGAGUGGUACGAAGACAGUUCCCAGUGAAGCUGGCCUUUGCAUGUACAAUACAUAAGGUACAGGGUAUGACAACCACAUCAGCUGUUGUCUCUCUUAAGAGCAUUUUUGAGCCCGGCAUGGCCUAUGUAGCUGUCAGUAGAGUGACGUCUCUCAAUGGACUGUAUCUUCUUGAUAUGGAGGAGAAAAAAAUAUUCACCAACCCAGAAAUCACUGCAGCACUUGAGAACAUGAGACAAGCCAACCUUGAUGACAUGAUGCCUCUUCUACACGUGAGACAAACACUGAGCAGGUCAGAGGUUUUCACCAUUGUUCAUCAUAAUACAGAGGGACUGCCAGCUCACAUUAAUGACAUCAAGAGUCACCAUGAAUUGUGUCUAGCAGAUGUUUUGUGCCUAACAGAAACACACCUGCGGGGCUCUUUUGUCGCAGAGAGUCUCCACUUGGAAAAUUACAAUUUGUUCAAACGCAACAGACACCUGUCCUACACAAACUUUCCCCAGAUGGCAAACAGAAGUGGUGGUGGAGUUGCUGUUUAUGUGAAAAGUGACAUUCAAGUGCAUGAAAAACAGUACAUCCAUAAUGUAACUGACCUUGAAUUUCUGGCUUUAAAGGUUGAAGCACCAGUCAGUGCACUGAUUGCAGUUGUAUACAGACCUCCAGACUACACUCUGAGGCCAUUCCUGAAAAACCUGGUGUUUCCCUCUGUGAUCCAUCCCCUUCAGAGCUGAGACACUCAGGACUGAACAGACUGCACAGUUUCUGUGACUGAGCCUCCAAAACACCUUCUUUGAAACCACUCAUGAUAGAAGGGCUUUAUAUUUGCAGCAGCACUACUACAGGUAUUCAGUUUAUUACAGGAUGUGUUUGUUUCUUAGGACCAGCUCUAAGUGCACACUACCUAACAUAUACACCUUUCUGUUCAUUACAAACCAACUACUCUGGAUCAUAUGGCCAGUCGGCAGGAAUGUUUCUGCAGGAAAACAUCACUGGAGAUCACCAUCAUUGUCAGACUGACUGUGCCUCCUCUGUGCAGUGUCAAGAUCCUCCUUAAAUGAGUGUUCCUCAGCUAUCCUGCUUCUGUGCUGCUUGCCACACAUCAAACACUGGCCGGAUGACAGGGAGGAUCCACUCUGAAGUCACUGGACAUGAUGAGGAUCAUAUGGGACUUUAUAGUUUCACAGAAAUGUUGUGCUCUUUGAUUACAGGUUUUAAAUGGACAUAAUGGCUGCCUCUCUCUGAUCAACAGGCUAAAGGAUUGUUUUCAUUGUUAGUGCUCUAUACAAUGUAUGCUUAUUUAAUAUUUCAUCACAGAGCAAACCUUUAUUUAUUUAACAUAUUUUUAUUUUGUUUUAAUGUUGAAUUAACUGUGGGGAUUUUUUUAACUGGGCACUCGGGAUGUCAUAUGACCAGAAAUGUGGUAACUGGAAUUCAACAGUAUG